ACUCAGGAAAGAGAGAGAGAGAGGCGGGAGCAGCAGGAUCCCUGGAGGAGGAGGAGGAGGAGAGCAGCAGCAGCAGCAGUGGAGCCAGGGAUGCCGCCGCCUCCGCUCCCAAAGCCGGGUCUCAGCGCUGACUGACUUCCCCGCCUUUGAGGAGCAGCAGCAGCAGCCAGGAAGCUGCGUCGUUCGGGGCCGGAGGAUUGCGCCGCUGCCCGGCCGAGGAGCCAGAGAGCGGCGCCGCGCCGGUGGAGGGGGCACCCGGUGGCCCGCCUUACGCCACGCCGCGGUCGAGGCCUGGGAGCCAAGCGAAGGGAGACAGAGAGAGAGAGAGAGAGAGAGAGAGGCAGCCUGGAGGGGAGGAGACCCCAGCAGGACAGGUCUUUUUCUUACAGAGCAAGCAGCAUGCUUUUGACUACGGAAAUGGAAAAAUGGAAGACUGCUUAUUACCUGUAUUAAAAUGGAUUAUUUAUUACUAGAGUAAAUAAGGUGCUGGCAAUCGUUCCUCAGCUUCUGCAUCUACAUAAAAAUGAGUGAAGUACAAGCAAUGGUAGAAUUCUCCGUGGAGCUCCACAAAUUUUACAAUGUGGAUUUGUUUCAAAGAGGCUUUUACCAGAUUCGUGUAUCUAUGAAAAUUCCUCCAAGAGUUCCACACAAAAUUGAAGCAAGCUUGUUACAUGCAGCCAGCGCAGAUCUUGCCUUUCCAGCGGCAGUCCAUGACAACAUAGUCUGUAGUAAAACCUUUCAGAUUCUCUAUAAAAAUGAGGAGGUGUCUGUGAAUGAUGUUAUGAUCUUCAAAGUUAAAAUGCUGCUGGAUGAAAGGAAGAUUGAAGAAUCUCUUAAUGAAAUGAGCUUCCUGCUUUCUUUAGAUCUACACUUUACAGAUACAGAUUAUUCGCCAGAGGAUCUGAACACACUGCAGCUAAUUAGCAGCCGAACACUAAAGUUGCACUUUACCUUACAACGAGGCCUUCAUCACUAUGUCAAUGUCAUGUUUGACUACUUUCACCUCUCUGUCGUUUCUGUUAUAAUCCAUGCCUCCUUAGUUGCUCUUCACCAACCAUUGAUAAGCUUUCCUCGCCCAAUCAAGAAUACAUGGCUAAACAGAAAUGCACCAGCACAAAAUAGGGAUUCUGUGAUUCCUUCUCUUGAAAGUGUUGUCUUUGGCAACAAUUACUCCAAACAAUUAUCAGCUGAUGGCAGCACCUUUAUAAUAGCAGAGCCUUUUUUGAAUCACGCUUACAAUCUCCACCAAACACUUUGUGCCAGUUUGCUGCUUGCGUUCAAAGGAUUACACAGCUAUUUCACUACUUUAUCAAAAGAGCUGCCUACAUCUCUGAAAUUAGAUGCAGCGAAGCCCAGCAUGCAGGUCCUUUAUGAACGCCUUCUCAGAAGAAAAUACCACCGAAUCCAGGGGAACGCCUAUCUAGAAAACAUAGAUGUAGAUGUAGAAGCACGCCUAUCAGAACUCUGUGAAGAAAUAAAGAAAAUGGAAAAUCCUGAUGAACUGGCAGAACUUAUAAAUAUGAACCUUGCUCAGCUUUGUUCACUUCUGAUGGCUUUAUGGGGACAAUUUCUCGAAGCUAUUCACUUCCAAGAUGACAUCAUUGCAUUGCUAGCACAAGAACAUCACACAGUCCGUGUGCGUAGAUUUUCUGAAGCAUUUUUUUGCUUAGAACAUCCAAGGGAAGCAGCCCUUGCAUAUCAGGAACUUCAUGCCCAGAGCUACCUUCAGAUGUGUACUGCAAUAAAAAGCACCUCCUUCUGUAGUUCUCUCCCACCUCUCCCAAUUGAAUGCAGUGAAUUGGAUGGAGAUCUGAAUUCCUUGCCUAUAAUCUUUGAAGAUCGAUAUCUAGAUUCUGUGACUGAAGAGACAGAUGUACCCUGGUCUACAACUCAUCAGAAGUCUGAUUCCAAGAAACCAGAUAAAAUAGAUACUGAAGAAAGUUGCGUAACUGGCUUUUCCAGCCCAGAAUUGAAAAAUCGUUCCAUGGCCUCCCAUGCUUGGCAGUCAGAAAGCGAAAAACAGUUCACUAAGUCUUCUAAAGGAAAGAAUGAAGAUGUAAACAAAUCGAAAGUUAAAGUUACCAAAUUGAUGAAAACAAUGAAACCAGAAAAUCCCAAGAAAAUUAUAAAGCAAAAUUCUAAAGACUCUGUUGUCUUGGUCGGCUACAAAUGUUUGAAAAAUGCAGCACAAGAUGACAUUUCUAAAUACUUUGAAGGAACUCUUUCAGAUAAUCAGAAAGAAGGAUUAGAUUUUACUAUGGGUAGGCAUCCUUGUGACACGAAGAACUUCGUGCGACAAAUCAGUGAGAAGGAAAUUACAGGUUUACCAUCUAGUACUGAGCAAAUUACUACCAAACUGGAAGGGAGUAAAGAAGGCCAGCAUAUCUCUGUUGUUUCUCAGUGUGCAAAUUCAAUCAUUUUUGGUAAAUCUGAUCUUCCCCAAGCAGGUAUUGGGGGUACUCAUGCAGAUAGCAGUUUGAUACCUAGAAGUUCUGUUGAAAAUUAUACUGGUACCUCUGGAGUUACCAAAAUAGAAGUAAAACCAUACUGCAGAAACAUUCACGGGGGAGAGAAAGUGUUUGUUAGAAUUGGUUCACAAAUUGAAGUUCCAAGUGGUGGAGAAAGUGGAGGGAACUUGCAGGAGCAGCCCACUUUUGACAGACUAGAAUCGGGAAAGAGAGUUAAAUCAGAAGAAGAGGAACUGCUGCUUGAAAAGGAAGUUGUGCAAGAAACAAAUUUCCGACUCGUUAAGGAUUCAUUAGCAAAGGAUGCAACCAGCCAGUCCACUCUGUCACCAAAGGAAACACCUAUUGCAGCUGUAAGUGGAGAUGUUCUUAGGUUGCCCGAUGUCAGCAUUACCUGUGCAUCUUCUAGAUUUUCAGAUUCUGGUGUUGAAAGUGAACCGAGUUCUUUUGCAAUGCACCCAAGUGCAGAUGGGACUUUUGAAACUCCUCAAGGCCAAGGUACUUGCAGCACCGAGAGAGUAUUUCCUCAGCUUUUGUUAAAACCGGAUUGUAAUAUUAAAAACCUGGUGGAGAACCAUUGUACAGAAAGUACAAGUGCUGUUAGUGAAAUACAGUCCUCCCUGACAUCGAUAAAUUCUCUUCCUUCUGAUGAGGAUCUUUCCCCUGAUGUAAACUCAAAGACAUCUGAAUGCCAGCUAAGCGAUAGCAAAACUGUAUUAGACCUGGGAGCCAUUGACUUGACAAAAUGUGAAGACAACGAGGAACCAAAUGUUUUGCUACAUGACUGUGUACCAUGUUCAGAACAGUCGGACAAUGAAACUACUUUUCUGCCUUCUUUGUCCUCCAAUGCAAAAUGUCCUUUACAGCUGCUUUCAGGUGAUGAUAUGUGUACAGAUAUGAACCCACCCUUGGACACUGGCACAGGUUGUAAAGAUAUCCAAAUACUGGAGAGAGACAUUCAUACUGUAGGAGAAACAACUGAACCCCCAUCAGGAGUUGUUUGUCCAGGGGGAUCAUGUGUUGUUUCAGGUUCAGUAUCAAGCGAGGGUGGUGUGGAAAGACCAAGCGAAGGAGAUUUUAAUGAAUCCUUAGAGCAAAAAAAGCUAGCUGAUAAAUUGUCAAGUACAACAAAUGAUGAAGCUUCCACAAAUUUGAAUAUCUUCUCAUCAGAAGGAAGUACAGAUAUGUUGAAGCAAGGACUUGUAGAAAACUACUUUGGCUAUCAAAGUAGUACAGAGAUUUCAAAUAUAUAUUCUGCUGACCCUAACAAUUCUGUUAGCCCUCAACGGGGAACAAUUUGUUCUGUUUCAACAGAGGAGGAGGAGGAAGAGGAGCAAGAUCAAGACAUGGUUGAAAAUGGGUAUUUUGAGGAAGCAGAUGAUAGCAGUGUAUAUGGAGCGACCCACGAUGCCGAGGAAAUGUUUGGGCUCACAAAUGAGACUUCUUUAACAACAGACAGAAUGGCCCGGGAACUUCUUUUUGAAAAUGCAUCAAAUCUCUCUCCAUUCUGUCCUCCGGGGAGUUUGACUUUUCCUUCUACAUUGAAAGGAUAUCCAUCCAGUGUGUUAUGGUCAUCAAAGGACAAACCUAAUGCAGUUCUCAAGCCACCCAGCAAUGUCUCCUGCAGUACUGAUUCGUCUGUCCCUUGGUAUGAGUGGGCUGCCAAGCCUCAAAUGCAAGCAUUCCUUCAGGCUAAAGAGGAACUGAAGCAACUUCAGCUCCCUGGAUUUAUGUACAGUGAUGUUCCCAAACUGGCAUCCGCAGUACCUUAUUUCAGUACUGAAGAGGAAGAAAGUACAGAAGAUGGAAUACAUCUCAUAGUCUGUGUCCAUGGUCUAGACGGUAACAGUGCAGAUUUAAGAUUAGUAAAGACGUACAUCGAACUUGGUCUUCCUGGAAGUCGUAUAGAUUUCCUGAUGUCUGAGAGAAAUCAGAACGAUACAUUUGCUGACUUUGAUUCAAUGACUGAUCGUCUUUUGGAUGAAAUAAUACAAUAUAUUCAAAUUUAUAAUCUAACUAUUUCAAGAAUCAGUUUUAUUGGGCAUUCAUUAGGUAACCUAAUUAUCCGCUCGGUGCUUACAAGGCCCAGGUUUAGAUUUUACCUCGGCAAACUUUACACCUUCCUGUCUCUGUCUGGACCACAUCUUGGCACACUCUACAACAGCAGUGCUCUUGUUAACACAGGCCUCUGGUUCAUGCAGAAGUGGAAAAAGUCAGGGUCUUUAUUGCAGUUGACGUGUCGAGAUCAUUCAGACCCUCGCCAAACCUUCUUGUACAAACUUAGUAGAAAGGCAGGUCUUCAGUAUUUCAAAAAUAUAGUAUUAGUUGGAUCUCUACAAGAUCGUUAUGUCCCUUACCACUCUGCCCGCAUUGAGAUGUGUAAAACAGCUUUGAAGGACAAACAGACAGGACCAAUAUAUGCUGAAAUGAUCCAGAAUCUGCUUCUGCCUGUUCUCCAAAACAACGAAUGCAGUUUGGUUCGUUAUAAUGUCCAUUGUGCAUUGCCAAACACAGCCGAUUCUCUCAUCGGACGAGCUGCCCACAUUGCUGUUCUGGACUCUGACAUAUUCUUGGAAAAGUUCUUUCUGGUUGCCGGCCUCAAAUAUUUCCAGUAGGAAUAAAACCAAUUGUAACUGACCUGGCAUAUUACCUCAUUAAAAGAGAAUCCAAUAACGUGCGAUAUUAAAACUGUAGCUGCCGCUAUAUUUUAAGAGAUAUUUAUACUUUUUUAUAUGGAAGAUAAUUUAUAUCAUCCAUGUGAAGAGCUUUUUUAACAUCGACUUUACUUUCUAGGUAAUGUGGCUGUGCAAUAUUUUUUUUAACGUUCGUUUUUACGUUUUUCUAUUUUUCUUAUUUUGGGUACCUAAUUAUUUCAGAGCUGAGAUUUAAGUACAGUUGUGUACAAUUGGUGGGUUUAUGGGCUCUCUUGGUUGCAAAAAAUGUCAGUGCUUAUGUGACAGUUUUAUGCAUCUUUUGAUGCCAAAAAGCAAUCUGAAUGUUAACAAGUGCAACAAGAAGCCGUUAAAUUUGAUAGAUCUGUUUCAUAUUGUGGAAAA